AUGAAUCAACAACAGCAAUCGGGAUAUACUCCAAAUUCCUUAGGUCUUUCGACUAAUCCUGCUGUACUGCAACAGCAAACUCAACCACAGCAAUAUGCUAACAAUUUUAAUUCACAUCAAACUAAUCAGCGUCCGAUGAACAUAGCGAUAUCUCAGCAAUCGCAACAAGCGACUAUUGAGCGUAAUUACGGGGCUGUUAACAACCGAAACAUUCAGCAAAUAAGAAAUUUGGGUGGGGAAAGUGGAGCUAAUCUUACAAACCAGUAUCUUUUUCAAAAUCGUCAGUCGUUACCCGCAACGUCUGCCACUCCAAUGCCUUCAAUCCCAACUAUGAACAAUACUAUUUAUGGCAAUAAUAUGACUACAAAUAUGUUAGGUUUUCCAUCACAGAGUAAUAUCAACAACGUAGGCCUAGACGUGUUUCAAUCCGGAUUCAAUCGCUCGUUAGGUCAAAUGAUGCAACAACAAAUGAUUCAACAAAUUAGAAGACCAGUUCAAAAUUCUACAACCGCACAAAAUAUCCAUCAUCGUUCAUCGCAUCAGAAGCAAACUGGAGAUAUAUCUACAAAAAAAUCACAAUCUUCGUCUAGCGGGAAAUCAUAUGAACCUGCACCUGAUCUUACUCCUGUUCAAAAACAAUACCUUGAACAAUAUGUACGUCGGGAUUUACUUUAUCAGCAGGCUUUGGAUAUCCAAUCCAAAAGACAGAUGAGCAUAAUUAACGAGAAACGUAGAGAAAUAGAAAGGCAUCAAACCCGUUCUGGAAUAUUAGCAUUUGGUCCAGGAUAUGAAGGAUAUGGAAACGGUCUAACAGGAACAAGAUUUCGCAUUGUAUAUCCAAACGAGAGGAAAAGGCAUAAGAAAACCAGAGAGUUUAAAUUCUCUCAUCAACAAUUGAGAGAUAUUGCAGAGAAGGAGGAUAAUUUGGUUCCAAUUCGAUUAGAAAUUGACGGAGCCGAUGGUUAUAAAUUGCGAGACACGUUUACCUGGAAUGUGAACGAAACUUGCAUUACGCCUGAACACUUCGCAGAGGUUCUGUGUGAUGAUCUGCGUUUCCCAGCUUCAACAUUUGCUCCUCUAAUUGUCAAACAAAUACGCGAUCAAUUGCAAGGAUACAUUCUACAUCCUUUAUCAUCUACUAAACCACCGACGUCUAGUUUGACUGCUGAUGUAUUUUCAGACCUUAAAACUUCCUCAUCGACCGAUGAUGGCGAAAACGAUAGCGAACUCACUUUAUCGAAUGACAGCAUGAACGAAUGUGCACACGAGGAAUUACGCAUUUUAAUAAAGAUCGAUGUGACAGUUGGAAAUAUUUCAUUGGUAGAUCAAUUUGAAUGGGAUAUUAAUUGCCAAAAAAAUGAUCCUGAAUUAUUCGCAGAAAUUUUGACAACCGAGUUAGGUCUAGGGGGAGAAUUUAAAACUGCUAUAGCACAUUCAAUCCGCGAACAAAUACAAAUAUAUGUUAAAUCAUUAAUUUUAGUUGGUCAUCAAUUUGACGGAUCACAGGUACAAGAUGACGAUCUUCGACAAAGUCUCUUGCCACCUGUUACAAAUAUUAUUCGGAGAGAAGAUGCGGUUGAUCAACAUACACCACUGUUGAGAACAUUUUUGUAUUAUUGUUGUUUUAAUAAACCUUCUUUCCCCAUGAGGCAGGAUAGGGAACCACCCAAAACUCAUCGUACUCUACUUCAUAAUACCACUAUGAUCCAGGAUCCGGCUGAUGAAAAUAGUUUAAUACCGGUGCUUUCUUCCGGAAUGCCACCUGUACAACGUAAAGCAAGCUCUAUGGGAUAUGAUAAUUAUUCCGCAAUAUCCGAAAAAUCAUCCACCACUCAAGGGAAAAUACGAGGGCGGGGACGCACGGGAAUAAAUGGAAGCAAUCUGCGUGGAGGUAUUCAGUCAAACACCCUGGAUAUAAUCGAUGGAAAUAACUUUGGAAGGUCUGGUUCGGUAGGUCUCAGCCCCCCAAAAGAGUCGAAGGAGGGAACAAAAAGACCUCAUCGACGACUAGCAAGCAAGGAAUUAGAGGAAUGGCAAUGUGAUGGUUGCGGGUGUCCUUCAACAUCAACGCCACUUCUGAGGAAAGGUCCUAAUGGUGAAAAGACGCUAUGUAAUGCGUGCGGCCUCUACUUUCAAAAGAACAAUUCACUUCGGCCAAAUCCUCUAAACACGAAUGACGCCGGUGUCAGCUUGCUUCACACGGGACAUAACUCUUCUCCGAUCACUACCAUUUCAGCGAAUAAUUCUCAUGUAAAAAGCCAUCAGAAUAAUCCUGUACCUCAUACUCACUAUUUACCUACGAUGUUAAUUGGACAUAAUCCAUCAGUACAAAAUGCAUCGUUGGAUGCUCAACAACAAUCUAAUACAUCUGCAGAAAAAUUGCUGCCUUCACAGAAGCUGCAAGAGAUAAAAAAUCAAGAUAAUAAAAUUUUUAUAGAUUCUAAAGAAAUACCUGUAAGUUCCACUGCACCUCAGAUUGCGGGUACAUCUGUUCCACACUUCAUUCAUACGGCGACAACUUUCACAUCUCACAUUACUGCUAAUUCUGCUGAGCCUGUAAGCAAAACUACGUCGACCACGUCAAAUAUGGCUGUUCAUGUUGCGAUUCAUCUGACAUUUGAAAUGAAUUAUUUCUAUAUCCUGAAGGAUUUUCCCGAAUGGACUAUUCCACAGUGUGAACAAUUACAGCGAAAGUAUCCUCAUGAUCAUUUUGAUAUCAUUCAACAACCUAAUCAUUACCCCGCUGAAUUUCUUGUUAAAUGUUUCGAUUGUCCUGGAAAACUAUAUAAACUCGGUCCUGAUCUUACUUUGGGAAAUUUUGAAAUUCAUCUAAAAAACAAGAGACAUCGUUUGGCCGUGGAGAAACGCUUACGUUUGAAUCAAAAAUUGACUGAAAAUACGUUGAAUAACGAAAUUAGUAAUAGUAAUACUGUUAGCAGGGGUGGCCACAAUGAUCAUAUCAAUAUUAUUAUAGGUAAUAAAGACUCUGGUAGAUCUAUCUCUGUUACGCCUGUUGGAAGUUCUGCUGGGCUCGCAAGUGACAAUAGCAGUAUAAGAUCAAUGGGGAAUAUGAAUAGAUAUAUUAGUAAAAGUAAAGAUGAACACGAUUCUAGUAAUGAGGUAACUGCCGUUGGAGUCUUCAUCGAUAAUCGUAACGGUAUCCCCCAAACACCCAAACCAAAAGAGCAUUGA